AAGCCUCUCAUUUUAAUCAAUCCACCACACCGGAGGCCACCACCUACUAGAGAUUAAAAUGAAAUCCUUCGCCGUUGCCGAUGACCAAUUCCCCAAGUCGAACGACAAGAAAGUGGUGGAUUGCUCAAAAUCUAAUGCAUUCCCUCUGUUUAACACCAUCUUCUUCGCUUUCUUCUUCUCCGUUAUCAGUUACCUCUUCGUCACCUUCCGCCAAAAGAUCCACACCGCCACCCCUCUCUAUCUCACCUUAUCGGAGAUGGCUGCUGUCGUCUGCUUUGUCGCCUCCUUCGUCUAUUUUCUUGGUUUCUUCGGUAUGAACUUCCUCCAGUCCAUGCCGUUUCCAGAUGAAGAAGAAGACGAUGAACUUGAAGAAACAAACGCCAAAGAGAUCAUCCAUUCAACCAACUCCGCCGGCUGCGUUACCAAGAUUUCCGAUCAAGAUUUUCUAACUCCACUCCCUAAGUCCACCACUGCCGUUGAGUGCCUCACGGCUACGCCGGAAGACGAGGAGGUGAUACAAGCUGUAGUUACCGGAAAAACACCCUCAUACUCGCUCGAAUCAAAGCUUGGGGACUGUAAACGUGCAGCGUUCAUCAGGCGACAAGCUUUGGAGAGGAUAACAGGAAGGUCUCUUGAAGGUUUACCAUUAGAUGGUUUCAACUACGAAUCAAUAUUAGGACAGUGUUGCGAGAUGCCGGUGGGUUAUGUUCAAAUUCCGGUGGGUAUCGCCGGGCCGUUAUUGCUCGACGGAAUGGAGUUCUCGGUGCCGAUGGCGACCACAGAAGGGUGUCUUGUGGCUAGUACCAAUAGGGGUUGUAAAGCCAUCAACGCUUCCGGUGGUGCCACCAGUAUCCUCCUUAAAGAUGGCAUGACUAGAGCUCCGGUUGUCCGGUUUGCCACCGCCAAGAGAGCGUCAGAGUUGAAGUUUUUCUUGGAGGAACCACUCAAUUUCCAGACUCUAGCUUCUGUUUUCAACAAGUCAAGUAGAUUUGGAAGGCUUCAAACCAUUCAAUGUGCGAUGGCCGGAAAGAAUCUAUACAUGAGGUUUACAUGCAGCACCGGAGAUGCAAUGGGGAUGAACAUGGUUUCAAAAGGUGUUCAAAACGUUUUGGAUUAUCUCCAGUCCGAUUUCCCGGACAUGGACAUCAUCGGCAUCUCCGGCAACUACUGCUCCGACAAGAAACCGGCUGCUGUCAACUGGAUCGAAGGCCGUGGCAAAUCAGUGGUAUGUGAAGCAAUCAUAAAAGAGGAGGUGGUGAAGAAGGUGUUGAAAACUGAUGUAGCUUCGUUGGUGGAACUAAACAUGCUAAAGAACCUGACUGGAUCAGCCAUGGCCGGAGCUUUAGGUGGGUUCAAUGCCCAUGCAAGUAAUAUCGUGUCGGCAGUGUACUUAGCCACCGGACAAGAUCCGGCCCAAAAUGUGGAAAGCUCACACUGUAUUACCAUGAUGGAGGCCGUGAAUGGUGGCAAAGAUCUUCAUGUUUCAGUGACGAUGCCGUCGAUUGAGGUGGGGACGGUGGGUGGCGGGACGCAAUUGGCUUCACAAUCGGCGUGCUUGAAUUUGCUUGGGGUGAAGGGUGCAAACAAGGUGUCGCCUGGAUCUAAUGCACGGCAGUUGGCGAAGGUGGUCGCCGGAAGACAGCAAUAUAAGAUUAGCCAAAUCCUCCCCAAACCUGAAGCACACGCUACAAUUACACAAUAUCGGGUCUAUUCCCCGAUCCGCUCAUCGGGCAUAAACAAUUUUCUCAACCAGCCAAAAGAACCUUGCCUCUCACCAAUGGAGAAAGGAAAAGCUUCUAGCUUAUUCGUGAACGAUGGUUCAUUUAUGGAGAGGUUCAAACAACUUCAACAAGAGAAGGAAAAGGGCCCACCUUUAUCAGGGUCCCAAAAACCUAACCCUGUGAUUAGUAAUAACAAGUCCUCUUCAUCUGGCAAACUUGCAUUUAGCCUUAAACAGAAAUCAAAACUUGUGGCACCUGCUGUCAAGUUAAGUGAAGAUGAGGAAGAUGAUGAGAGUAAUGGUGGUAAUGGAGUAGGUGAUUUACCAUUAAAAAGGCAAAAGUUGGAGCAACCUUAUGUCUCUGACCAAUCAUUAAAACAAGUUUAUGUUGCACCAAGUGAUCCCACAAUAAAGAAGGUUGCAGAUAAACUAGCAAGUUUUGUGGCCAAAAAUGGAAGGCAGUUUGAGCAUAUUACUCGCCAAAAGAAUCCCGGAGAUACCCCUUUCAAGUUUCUUUUUGAUGAAAGCUGUGCUGAUUACAAGUAUUAUGAAUAUCGACUUAUUGAGGAGGAAAAAGCUCUGACCAAUUCCAUGGAUUCCCAAACAUCACAGACUGUCGACAAGUUUCCCAAUCUAACCAUGCUCAUUCCAGGUAUCGAUUGAGGAUGACCUCAGCAUCGUACAUAUUUCCGAGUAGGUGAACGAACUAUGUGACUAUACUAAAAAGGUUUCCAUCGAGUGGUUUAAUCAAAAUACAUGAAAAAAUUUAAGGAGAAUGUGAAGGAGGAAGAAAAUUCGUGAGGUAUUACCUUAUUAAAUUAAAAGCAUAGAUGAGGAGAAUGAAGCAAAUGCAGCGGCGUUGGUGGGCGAGGAAGACCGGAAAAAUUGUACAUUAGUGAGGGCGAUGACUUGAAGGUGCGGCGAUGGGGUUUAAAGCACCGAUGAUGGAAUAGAGCGAUUGAGUUCAGAGUGUAUUUACCACUUAUCAGCCCUAGGUUGAAACUUAAAUGAGGGGAAAAAUGUAAAUGUAAAUGAAAAGCACCGGAUAGGAAAACAACGAG